AUAUAUUAAUGCACAAUAAAAACUUUGUUUCUUUGAAUGUAAACCACUCUCAAUCUUAAAAAAAAAAACAAGACAAAAAUGCCAGAACCAACUGAAGUUGGAGGAGGGGGUGAGUCCGAAGGAAGGAAGUCAAUGGAGUUGGAUCUUGAUCUUGAUAGCUCUUGGCCUUUAGAGCAGAUCUCUUUUAUUUCUUCAAACCCCAUGUCACCUUUUCUUAUUUCUUCUUCUAAUGAACAGCCUUGUUCUCCCCUCUGGGCUUUCUCUGAUGCUGCUGAUGAUAGACUUCUUGCUGCUGCUGGUGCUGCUGCUGGUCAGGCUUCCUCUUCUUUAGUUGGUGGCCUUCGCUUGUCUGAUAAUCCUAUCGUACUCACAUGUCGGUCCCGUAAUCCAAAUUCGGUAACUGAAAGCAAAGGGGAAAAUGAUGAUAACAGUAAACUUCCUUCUCCGUUUUUGGGAUUAUGGCCAAUUGACAACCCUGAUGGGUACUGUAUUAUUAAAGAGAGAAUGACACGGGCCCUGAGACAUUUCAAAGAAUCAACUGAACAACAUAUUCUAGCUCAGGUUUGGGCACCUGUGAAGAAUGGGGGUCGAUAUGCGUUGACAACUUCAGGGCAACCCUUCGUUAUUGAUCCUCAUAGUAAUGGACUUCAUCAGUAUAGGAUGGUCUCUCUUAUGUAUAAGUUCUCUGUGGACGGAGAGAGUGAUGGAGAGCUGGGGCUACCUGGCCGUGUUUUCAGACAAAAAUUACCGGAAUGGACUCCCAAUGUUCAGUAUUACUCCAGCAAGGAGUAUCCACGGCUUGAUCAUGCUAUACACUACAAUGUUCGGGGAACCGUGGCUUUGCCAGUCUUCGAACCUUCUGGACAGUCUUGUGUCGGUGUGGUUGAACUCAUUAUGAAUUCACAUAAGAUCAACUAUGCACCCGAGGUUGAUAAAGUCUGCAAGGCACUUGAGGCAGUAGAUUUGAAAAGUUCAGAGAUAUUGGACCCUCCAAGCACACAGAUUUGUAAUGAAGGUCGCCAAAAUGCACUGGCCGAAAUUUUGGAGAUAUUGACAAUGGUAUGUGAAACUCACAAAUUGCCUUUGGCCCAGACAUGGGUUCCAUGCAUGCAUCGCAGUGUUCUGGCCUAUGGCGGUGGUCUGAAGAAGAGCUGUACCAGCUUUGAUGGCAGUUGCAAUGGGCAAGUCUGCAUGUCCACAACUGAUGUGGCAUUCUAUGUAGUGGAUGCUCACAUGUGGGGUUUUAGGGAGGCCUGUCUUGAGCAUCACUUACAAAAGGGUCAAGGGGUUGCUGGGAGGGCAUUUUUUUCCCACAACCUGUGCUUCUGCCCAGAUAUUACCCAGUUUCGCAAGACUGAGUAUCCUCUAGUACAUUAUGCACGCAUGUUUGGAUUAACCAGCUGUUUUGCAAUCUGCUUGCGGAGCAGUUAUACUGGAGAUGAUGAUUACAUCCUUGAAUUUUUUCUGCCCCCUAGCAUCACAGACAGUCGUGAAUGGAAGACUUUGUUAGGCUCCAUAUUGGCAAUAAUGAAGCAGGAUUUCCAGAGUCUCAAGGUUGCUUCUGGGAUGGAACUUGAAGAGGAGGAAGGAUUUGUAGAGAUGAUUCAAGUUUCUACUAAUGGGAGACUUGAUUUGGGACUUGAAUGCAUUCAGAUACCCCAAUCUACAAAAUCCCCCCCAGAUGACAAUGCGUUGCUAAAUGGACCGAUUGUACAAAUUUAUCCAGAAAAGAAUCAAUUAAUGUUUGACUUGGAUGUCAUAAAAAAUGGAGGCAGUGCUGUUCAAGCAGAUGUCACGCAAACUCAUGCUUCUCUUACAGAGAAAGAGACAAAAAUGCCAAAAGAGAGGAAACGUGGAAAGGCAGAGAAAAUGAUUAGUCUAGAGGUUCUCCAACAAUAUUUUACUGGAAGUCUGAAAGAUGCUGCAAUGAGCCUUGGUGUUUGCCCUACUACAAUGAAGCGCAUUUGCAGGCAGCAUGGGAUAUCUCGCUGGCCAUCUCGCAAGAUCAAGAAGGUUAAUCGUUCCCUGUCUAAGCUUAAGCGGGUAAUUGAAUCAGUCCAAGGCACUGAAGGAGCAUUUUCUUUCAGAACUCACCAAACUCCUCUCACUACAAGUUCUCUUCCUGUCGCUGAUGGUACCAUUUCUUGGCCUCCCAAUUUGAAUGAGAGCAAUCAACAGAACUCUCCAAACUCUAAAUCCCCUGAACAUCAAGGUGACAAGAAUGGAUCACCCACCUGUAGAACGCCAGGAAGUGAUGUAAAGGCUGUUUUCGAAGAUCAAUUGCUAGGAUGUAGAAAAUUGAGUCUAGAGGAACUCACUGUGCAAAACAGGUUUUCACCAGAGUUAGGUAAAUGCUCAAACAGAUCCAAAACAAGGGGAGGUUCGAGGGAUGAGAGUGCAGGAACUCCCACUUCUCAUGGCUCAUGCCAAGGUUGCCCAGAAAAUGAAAGUGCACCUGCAAAGGACCCAUCUGUUUCUCCUGUCCAUAAGCGAGGCGUUAAAGCAGGGGGGUCAAAAAAACUGGCUCUUCAACAAACCAGGGAACUAAAUCUGUCAGCUGCUUACUCAAUACCUAAUGCUUUUUUCGCAGCGGAAGCUCAAGAACAAUUUGGUGGAAUGCUAAUAGAGGAUACUGGAAGUUCGAAAGAUUUGAGCAACCUUUGUCCUGCCAUGGCAGAUGCUAUUGUGGUUGAGCGAGUUCCAGAAUCUAAAUGGACAGAUCCUCUAUGUUCAGAUAUAAAUCCCACACAAAUGAUUGCUGCUCUUUCGAUCGCAAUGCCGCAUGUAACAUCUAGGCAAGAAAUGAAUAGCGUAACCAUAAAGGCAACAUAUAGGGAAGACAAAAUAAGGUUCCGAAUCUCUCUGAGUUCUGGGAUUGCGGAGUUAAAAGAGGAAGUGGCCAAGAGGCUGAGGUUGGAGGUGGGUACAUUUGACAUCAAGUAUCUGGAUGAUGAUCAUGAAUGGGUUUUGAUUGCCCGUGAUGCUGACUUGCAUGAGUGUAUGGAUGUUUCAAGAUCAUCAAAUAGUAAUAUGAUCAGGGUAUCAGUUCAUGAUACAAAUGCCAAUCUUGGGAGCUCCUGUGAGAGCACUUGGGAGAUAUGAAUAGGUUGUAAAUAUGGAAAGUUUGGAACACAAUUCUUAGAUUCCUAGGCUAAAGAUGCUGUAGAUUUUCUGUUCUGAGAAUUUGAUUGAAUAGUAACAAAUUUUCCUUUGAAUAAUAGAGAUUCACCUCUUCGGCUUUUUAUCUUGA